CGCACCUCGUGGAAAGGACGCAAUCACCACUCCACCACCCAGCAUGCCUCACUCAACAUCCUCGCAGGACUCUUCCUCCAAGCGCAACGAUGAAGAGAUUCUGCCAGACGCCCCUCCAACUGAACCAGCUGCAGAGAACGAGGAACCCAGUUCCCCGAAGAAUGAGUCGACGGGCGUGAAACUCGAAGACCUGUUUGAUGACGAUGACGAUGAUGAAUACCCCGCUUCAAGUGCGCCGGACACGAAAACCGUCCCUGAGCCAGCAGAGUAAGUCAUCGCCAGGAAUAUAAAGGGGGUAUGUACUGAUUUUGGUCCAUUCAGGCCUGCUGCUGCUCCGGGGCCCCAGGUAGACACCG